AUGUCUGCGACCGCGUUGGGUAACCGCGUCAAGCGUCCGGCUCGAGAUACCCCCGAUCCCCUCUACGCGUCGAGACCACUCGUCAAGAGAAGACGACAUGCUGACCUCCAACCUCUUCUUCUAUCCACAGGCGAACCAGAACCCAGACGAUCGGUGCGAGCCACGAAAGGCCAGCAUACGAAAACCUUCGACCAGCUCGACCAACCCAUCGAAGCCCCCAAGCGCAGGGGGAAGAGGAGCAAGAAGGCCAGCGUGCCCGACGAGAAACAAGAAGAACCCGAGGAGGAAAUCAUCCGGUGCGUCUGCGGCGCAACCGAACAAGAUGAGGAUUCGGGCGAGCCGUGGAUCGCGUGCGAUACCUGCGGAGCUUGGCAGCACAAUGUAUGCAUGGGCAUGAGCGUUUUUACGGAAGACCUCCCCACGCACUACUACUGCGAGCAGUGCAGGCCGUCUGAGCAUGCGGAACUCCUUGAGGGCAUGAAGAAGGGUGAGAAGCCGUGGGAGGCUCGACGCGCUGCGUACGAGGCCGAGGCUGAAAAGAAGAAGAAGAGGGGCCGUCGCGGUAGGGGGAAGCGCGUCAGCGAUUCCAAGGAUGGUAAAGAGCAGACGGAAGAGGCCACACCGGGAGCUCAGCGUAAAAGCAAGAGCCCAGGCCUCGAACUCAAGAAGGAAAAGGAGAGCGCCGCGAAACCAUCGACCGGGAAGCGAAAGACUCGUGAUGAUUCACAAGAUGACGAAUCAAAGGCCAACGCACCAGCACAGAAGCUCCAGAAGGUGUCGGAAUCCAAGGCUAUCUCCUCGGGCUACAAGCCUCCCGAGGAUCUCGCCGCCAGCCUCACUGAUCUGCCCGACAACCGUCAUGGUCCUGUCAAGGUCCUACUCAAGUCCCUUACACACGCCCUUGGUGUUGCCAUCAAGAAGGGCAACUACGUUCUCAAAGAAGGCGAGACUGUCGAUGUGAAGGCCGAAAAGCAUGCUCUACAAAUUGAGCGGGCUGUCUUCGACAGCCACCCCAACCACAAGGAGUAUGCUGGCCAGUGUAGGACAUUGGCGUUUAACCUCAAGAAUAAUGAGGACCUAUCAAGCAAUCUAUUCAACAAUAAGCUGUCGCCUACGGUGCUGGCCGUCAUGACAUCCAAUGAACUGGCUUCCAAAGAGCUCCAGAGGGAGCUAGCCGAGAUGAAAGCCAAGGUAGAAAAGCAGUCUAUUCUCAUCGCCGAAGAAGGUCCCCGAGUCCGACGGACGCACAAGGGUGAGGAAUUCAUCGAAAGCGAUAACGAGAUGCAGGCUGAUGAAGAGACCCCGAACUUUGCUGCCAAGCCCCGCGAAGGAUCCGGAGGCCCUUCGAGGAAAGCAAGCGAAAGCGCGGCGGUGCCGGACUCGACCGGCAAGCCUCCUUUGACCAUCGACACCAAGCAGUCCCCGCGACAGAGUGAAUUUGAUAUCGGCAAAGUCUUCUCCAGCGUAAAGUCUCCGACACUGGCCAACCAAAUCCGGAGACCUUCGGGCGGUACAUUUGGACCUGCGGGCGGCCCGGGAGUGGAUGCAGAGGUCGACAGGCUCCUACAAGACGAGACCGAGUCGCCGCCGUAUUCCCCGACAGAGGACAACGACCCGGAUGUUGUCUGGCGAGGCCACCUCGUCAUGAACUCGCUCGCCGACAUCCCGGCGACAAUCAAGUAUAUGGGCGGCGCAAACCUAGCCGCCGAUAGAAUCGUGCCCUGGACCACGCUGAUCCCGAAGAGACUAAGCGUUGCCGGCCGGAUCGACCAGCAAAAGGCCGUAGAAUACCUCUGCAGCCUUCGAUACAACCAAUUCACCGACGUAGUCGUCACGAGCAUAUCGCCGUCCUCCGAGACGUACAAGGCCGAGUUCGAGGCCGUUUACAACUACUUCGUCUCCAAGCAACGGUAUGGUGUUAUUGGCGAUAAGGGCGUUGCUAACGUCCGCGAUACAUAUCUCGUGCCCGUCGUCCCCGGCGAGGGAAAUCACCCCGAGUUUAUGCUUAAUCUCGCUGUAAAUCUCAUUCCAGCGAAGCGCACCGAACCUAUGCUUCUGGCUGUCUUUGUCUACCGUGACGAUGCUAGACUUUUGAGAGCCGGUCAGGCUGCUGCUGCUGCUGCUGCUGCGGCCGCCACCCCGACGACGGGCCCUCGCGGCGCAGUCUCCGCAAUCUCGCCACAGAUUCCGCAAGGGCAAUUCCCAACACCCAGCGCACCGGGAACCCCCCUAACCCCUCGGCCCCAAGCCGCUCCCCCAACCGUGCCGCCGACCAGCGAACAGGCCGAAGUCGCCAGGCAAAAGGCGCAGAUUCAGGGCCAGCAGAUGGCGUCUGACAUCCUGGGUCCCCUUCACUCGGCACCUACGGUGCAGUUCCUCCUCCCAAUGGCAUACCAAAUGACGCAGACGGAAUGGGAAAUCAUAAGAGAGCUUCUCGAAUCGGAUCCGAAAGCGAGAGAGGAUCUCCAGCAUCUGAGCAUGCUUUUGGAGCGUCAUGGAAAUGCACGGAAGGAGGCCCAAGGGAUUGGUCCUGGGCCGCGAGCUGCGGGUGCCUUGCCGAUGCAAGGAUUGCAGCACCCAGCUGCCGCUACGGCUCCGGCUAACGGCCAGUAG